AAUCAUUGUUCAGUAUUGAAUUGUAAUUACGGUAUCCACUAUAAAUGGAAUUAUUGUUACAGGGUAAUCAUCACAAGGGUGAGUGCUGAUAUCUCUCUUGCCAAACGGAGUCUUCUAAACAACCCUAGCAAACGUGCUCUUAUGGAGCGCUCCAACUCUAGGUCGUCCUGUAUAGCAGAAGUUCAAGCUGAGAUAGAGCGAAUAUUUGAACUAGCAAGAACUUUACAGUUAGUUGUACUUGAUUGUGACACAAUCAAUCAUCCUUCACAGCUUGCCAAGACAUCUUUAGCUCCUAUUCUUGUAUAUCUCAAGAUCUCAUCUCCAAAGGUAUUGCAGCGUUUAAUAAAAUCGCGUGGCAAAUCUCAAAGUCGCAACCUUAACGUUCAAAUGGUUGCUGCUGAGAAAUUAGCCCAGUGUCCUCCAGAGAUGUUUGAUGUUAUUCUUGAUGAAAAUCAGCUUGAAGAUGCAUGUGAACAUAUAGCAGAGUAUCUUGAUGCCUACUGGCAAGCAACGCAUCCUCCCCUUCCUCCACCUCAGAUCCAGCGACCAAUUCCAUCACCUCAUACUAGCCCACGGUCCAACCAUGCGCAAGGAAAUCUUAUGAGAACUAAUACUACACCACCUGGUCCUCCUGGGUCUGUGGCUCGUGAGCCCGGCUACCCUCGCUAUACGGAUGAGAGAGUCUACCAUCGAGGAGGGCCAACAGGGCAUGGGGGUUCUCGAGCACUUCCAUCCCGUGACCCACGGGAUAUGAGAGAUCCUCGUGACUCUCGAGAUUUGCGAGAUGACGAGUACGGUGACAGGCUUCCUCCCCAAGAUCCUGGUCUUAUGUAUGAUCGCCCACCAGAUCGACCUGGUCGAAGACAGCUACCACCCACCAGAGAUGAUGAUUACCACUCUCCGCACCGCCCUCCCACUCGCCAAGCCCUCAAUGUGUAGCAUUAGCCCUAAUUUGUUGCAGUUAGUGUUUGUUUGUAGCAUUUAAUGCCUUCUGACCUGUUUCAAAUCCAUAUGAUGGUAAAUAUUAAAGACAGUACUGUACUUCUGAUAUUCUGAACAUUAAAGCUUGAACAUUUUGAGACAUAAGAAGGCAAUGGCUACCAAUAUUCACUACUGUCACAAUCUGAAACCUGUGCUCUUCUGAACUAUUGAACACUUUUGAUACCUCCCAGAUGAAACAGUGUUAUUUGUGAAAGACUUGAAUUGGCUAUGGUAGGUUAUGUAUGUUCUUUAACCUCAGUGGUUGUCAUGAGCCAUACGCAUAAACAUGGGGUUCCUCUUGAACUGUGCAUUGUGAUAGUCCAUUUCUGAAGAUAAAAAAAUUAAUGUUGCCCCUCAGAAGCAUAAUACAUCCCUCUGGCCCAUCCCCACCCUCUGGCUGCCUUACACAAAUAACCCCAUUGAACAAACUAGAAGUUGUAGCAAAAUGGCCAUCCAUGGAGCUAUGUCAUAUACGAGAAUUGCAAGCAGCUGGGCACCUGAAGUAAACUGUGCAUGUUAGUCUCCUAAAUAAACUUCUCGUUUUACUUUACAUCUUUACUACUCUAUGAAUUGGAGAGUAGGAUGAAUGUAGUCAAGAAGGAUAUGCCAGAAGACAAGACGGGCUACAUAUUAUUCUGGUGACCCAACCCUUCAAGAAUAAUUCUCAUUUGUCUUGGCUCAUACUGUGCCAUUCUUCUUUAUAAAUAUAAUAAGUUUCAUGUUCUGCCCCUAAGCCUUAGGCAGAUAUGUUUGGGAAAGUAUGAGAGUGACAUUAUAAAUACCAAUGUAAAUAUAGUUGGUUGUACACUAAGGAUUGGCACAUUAUCCUUCGCCCAAGUUGUUCUUAAAACUGCCUUUUAACCACUGUAGUGUUGGAUAUUUCACUAGUUUAAUACACUAGUUUUUAAUAUUUUUCACUUUGUAGCUUGGAACUGUUCAUUAUAUUAGGUUUAACAUUUUGUAUUCCAUGAUUGUUCACUUUGCAUUUAUCAAGCUAAUAAUGCAAAGUUAUUUUGCAUCUAACCGAGAAGUUAGAUGAAGUUCAAAUUUUUAUAUGACAAUUUUUCUGACUAAUCCUAAUAGUAAAGUGUUGCAAAAUAGCAAACGAAAAGGACAAUGCAGUUAGUAACAGAUACUGUACCAAUUAAGUUUUUUUUUCCACUUUUGGGGUAGAGGUUUGAUACAGGUAGAAAUCUUCAGAUCCAGCACCCUUGGCUCUGAGACAAAGCCACUUUUUCCUUAUAAUCUCCCAGUUUUGAAGGGCUGUAUGAAAACAGGUAUUCUGCCAUAUGCAAGGUUCCCAGAAUAACCUAUGCAAUACCAAAAAUGUUAUGUUACUGUGAAUAGAAAUGAGUGGUUGUGGUUGUCUGAUAAUAGCUCCAGAGUUCUGGCUGUACAGUUCAUAUGACUUUUUUUUUUUUCCUGUUGUGCCUCCUCAACUAACCUACCAACCAACCUGCCUUACCAGUCUGUCUUUACAUGAGAGUGAAGACACAUACAUCAGGUGAUAACGUAGCCCCAUGUCAACUCAAUAUUUUACUAUUUGGCGUUGUUUGCUUUUUUGUCUCCUGGGUUGUGAAGACAAAUUGAGAAUAGAUCUGAAAUUUAAAUCAGUUAAUCUAUCUCUCUCUCUCUCCUCUUUCAUUCUCAUUCUUUUCUCUUUCUAUUUUCUUAUUCUGUUGUCCCUCUCUUCUCUUUCUCUUUCUUUUUUCUUUAUUUCCCUUCCCUUUCUUUUCUCUCUUCUCUAAACUUUCUCUUGUCUCACUUUUUUUUAUGUUCCCCCCUCUGUGUACUCACCUAGUUGAGGUUGCAGGGGUCGAGUCCAAGCUCCUGGUGUGUGUGUGUGUGUGUGUACUCACCUAGUUGAGGUUGCAGGGGUCGAGUCCAAGCUCCUGGCCCCACCUCUUCACUGGUCGCUACUAGGUGUGUGUCUGUCAGUCUCUGUCUCUUGUCUGUCUCUCUGCCUCUCUCUCUCUCUGCCUCUCUCUCUCUCUGCCUCUCUCUCUUUUUUUUUUUUUUACACAGGAUUUGACAAGGUUAAGGAUCCCUAGCUUUAUUGACAAGCUAUUUACAGGUUUAGGAUUCCUAACUUUAUUAGCAAGCUAAGAGCUGUUACCUACAUCAGCUCAUUUGAAAGCAUUUUUAUUGUUAUGAGACAUACAAGUAGGGAACAGGAUGAAGUUGGAGCCAUCUUUGGGCCAGCAUUUUCAUUUGAUCAACUGACUUUAUCUCGUUGACAUCAUUAUGCUGUACGAAUGUGUUCCAUACUCGAGUCAUCCUGGGUAUAUACGAUCUCAGAUGGAGUGAAGUUCUGGAGAAGGGUACAGCCAGAGUGAAGUUGCUGCUUUCUGCCCGUCUUGUGGCUCUCUCUCUCUCUCUCUCUCUGUUUUUUUUUACACAAGGUUUGACAAGGUUAGGUUAAUGAUCCCUAGCUUUAUUGACAAGCUAUUUACAGGUUAAGGAUUCCUAAUUUUAUUGACAAGCUAAGAACUGUUACCUACAUCAGCUCAUUUGAAACAUUUUUAUUGUUAUGAAACAUACAAGUAGGGAACAGGAUGAAGUUGGAGCCAUCUGUGGGCCAACAUUUUCAUUUAAUCAACUGACUUUAUCUCAUUGACAUCAUAAUGCUGUACGAAUGUAUUCCAUGCUCGAGUCAUCCUGGGGAUAAAUGAUCUCAGAUGAAGUGAUGUUUUGGAGAAGGACACAGCCAGAGUGAAGUUGCUGCUUUCUGACCAUCUUGUGGUAUAGAAGCUUGCUUCAUGCUGUCCUCGAAGUGAAUCCAAGUGUGGUACUUUGACAAUAUUGGCUUUGUACAUAACAGUAAGGCCACCCACAUCCCUCCUGUGUUGAAGGCUCUGCUGAAAUGACAGAUCUAUCCAGGAUGGGUCCAGGUGAGAGAUGAGAUGUCUUGCUCUGUUCUCUACUCUGUCAAGCAGUCACAGAUGAGAGGGAGGGGCAGGCAAACCAAGAAAGUGGAGCAUACUCAAGGUGUGAGCGUACUUGUGCCUCAUACAGAAUCUUGCAACCCUUACUGUCAAGCAGAUGCAAGAUACGGAUAAGUGCUGUAAGCUUCCUGGCUGCCUUAUUUGCAAGAUUUACACAUGGUUCUUCAUGGUCAGUUUGGAGUCAAAUUUCACCUCAAGGAUAUCAACUUCUUCCCAAGUACCAACACCCUCCCAUUCAUCCUUACUACUGCACCAGAAUUACCAUCAUGGUGCCUAGAGACCAUCAUCAUUUGUGUUCUCCCUCCCUUUGAAUAUUUAUUUGUUUAUUUCUGGUAACAUGGUGUAUUUCAAAUUAUUAUUAUAAAAAGAAGUGCUAAACCCAUGUGGGUCAUACAGCAUGGGGUAUUUGAAAACAGAAUAAUAAUAUGAAAAGAAGGGUGGGAGGGUUGGCAGGCAAUCAGGUGGUUGAAAAUUGUUUAACAGUGCUCAAGAUUCACUGAUAAUCCCAUCAUUCUUGCUAGAAAAAAUAUUAAUAUUUCAUGAUUAAAUUUUAAAAAAGAGGAAUGAAAGAAGCAGGCAGGAAAUUCUCUGCAGUGAGGGGACACGUUCCCUAGUUGCAAGUGGUAUUCAGUCUGUACCUCGGGUGCACACUGUUCACCAGCACUGCCAACCAAUAAUGUCAUACAGCAUCUUAAAUAGCUUUAAAGACUAUAACUUACUAUGAAGUAAUUGUUAAAAUAUGUUCUAAUGUAAAAUGUACAUAAAAAUGAUUUCUUGGAAAGGAGAGAGUAAGCUGUCUCACUUCUUGUUGUACUGUACAGACUGACUACAGAUACAUUUGGAUAAAAAAAAUAGAGAGGUAAAGAAGUAUGGAAAACACAAUACAAAGAAGAGUCUUAAGAAAAAAAAAAGUCCUAUAUGAACAAAAGCAAUAUCUAGGGUAGCAUAAAAACAAAAAAGCAAAGAAAAUUAAAUUAUGGAAUUCAGCAGUACUUCCAAAUGUUAUUUUAUUAAAUUUUAAAUACUGUAUAGUACUCUAUUUAAAAAAGAUGGUUUUGAGACAUGUCUUGAUUUAAGGGUGUAGGAUUUGAGUAUUUGUGGCUGUAGCAACAUUUUGAAGUAUCUUGAUAGCUGCUACACUUUAUUGAAAAAAUGUGAUAGUAGAGUAUUAACCAAGCUUUCAAAGUUGACCAAAGUAAAUAUUAUGGUAUUAUUGUACCUUUUUAUGUAAUUAAUACUAAUAUUAAGACCAAAAGCAUUCAUCAUUGCAGUUGUUGUUGUUGUAUCCUCUUCCUACCACAAAGAAUGAAAUUGCAUCAAUUUCUACACCCAGACAGAUUCUUAUUCUACCAUGAGUUUCUUGUAAGUGUCCAUUUAACAAAUGGAAAAAUAAAAAUAAACACUUGCACCUCAAGAUAGUCAAAGAAUGCUCAGCUGGUGUUAUUAUACAACAUAAAUUAAUAUUUGUUAUAUAUUUUUGGUCAAAAUUUAGUUAACUGUUAUUAGAUGGAAAAGUGCAAUAAUACUUUGAACACUUUCUAUAAAAAUAUCUGUAUAAAAGUAGGUUUUAUAGGCAGACCUACUGUGCAUUGUCAAAGCAAAGGUAAAUAUUGUGACUCUCUUGUCUGUGAUAUUCUGUAUUGUUCUAUGAAGGAAGAUUUUGAAGUUAUAAAUUUUCAAAUGAUAAAAAAGCAAAAUGUCCAAAACUUGUUUAUUUGUGCAUAUGUAUUAAAGCGUGUGUAGGCUUCAAACACAUGUGGGAUGUUUCAGAUAGCUUUUGGGACUUCUGUAAAUAGGAUAUUUGAAACCCUUUACUUUUUGCCAAUAUUGCUUUCACUAGGGGCUAAAAUUUCACUAGAAACAUUAAGCUGGAAUUUUAUUAACAAGUCCAAAAUUAGAAUUACCUUUGAAUUCUUCCCAAGAAUGCUCAAAUAUAAUAUUCAUCCUUACAGCUUGAGGUGGUUCUCUGUCUCUUGCUUUAUUUUCACCCUUUACAUCAUUUCUGUAAUACAGUACAUGCCAUCUUGUUGAACUGGCCCUCAUACACAACUUCCAUAACAUAAAUUUUAGCCUAGGUUUUGAAUAUAAGAUAAAGGAGCAGUGCAAUAGACCUGGCUUGUGCUAGGCUAAUCUUCAAAACAUCCAUGAUUUGACCUGACAUUGGCUGUCUUUUCAGCUUCCAAUAUCUAGGCUUUCUCUUUUUUUUAUUAUCAAUUUCAUAAUGGUCCAGGAUGGACUGAAACAUAAUCUAGUUUUCAUUUCCAAGUUCUGAGUUUUCUUGUGAAUUUUUCCAGCCAGUCAUGGUAUUGUUAUUCUUUGCCAUUCAUUAUUUGUGCAUAACUGAGCCACACUAUGGAAAAUACAGAAGGUGGGAGUAGACUUUCAUUUGAGGAUAUAAUUCCCACCAUCAUGACUGGUUCACUUCUCUCCCUUAAAAUAAUAUGUACUGUGGGAGGUUUCAAACAGCUGUCUGCACCGUCCCAUGUGUGCCCAGAGUAUCCUACAUAUAUAAAUGCUCUUUUUUACAAUCAUAUAAAAACUGAGUCUAAACAUUUGCACAAAAUAAACACACAGCUUCCUUCCUGAUGCCAUACAUUAAAAUUGCUCUAUAAUUAAUUUGUAAGAAAUAUCUGACAUAUUUAUGAAAAAUAUCACCUACAAUAUAAAUAGGAACUACAGUGUUGAUGAUAUCCUCUAUAGUAAAAAUAUUAUUUGCACUAGCUCUUGACAGUAAUGGUGGAUAAUAACAUCACUAAAAUAAACUACUUAAUUGCCUAGACAGAGCUUUAGUACGAAAAUUGACUUCAAAGCAUCCCACUGUAUGAAGUAUCAUUGCACUUUCCUACAUAGCAAGAGAUCUAUAAUUUGUACUCAAAGAUUACUCACUAUAUAUAUUAUAUAUUGUUAAGUACUAAAUAAGCAGAGUUAUCCAGCUGAUAUUUUGGGCAUUAAACAACUUUUUAUUAUGAAGCCAAAACUCCAGAAUGAUACUUUAGUUACUAUUUUACAGAGGGAAAAUUAAGCAUUGCCCAUGCACUUGGUGAUGCUAUCACUAUCAUUAAAUAUGUUUUGUCUUUUUUUUUAAACACAGCCCUAUACAUCUAUAAAGAGUUAUAUAUUUUUAAAUUUUAGUGACAAAUGAGAGAAAUGCUGUCAGUUAUUUUGGGAAUUAUUUAUGCUAAUGCUUCAUAUUUUAUUAUUAUAAUUUGGUACACAUUUGGGAACUUAGUAUUUCCUCACAGUAAAGAUGAAAUAAAUCUUUACAUUGAGGCAGCUAAUCAAAAUACAUGAAAACAUCUGGGAUGCAAAUCAACUAAGAAAGUAGAUCUACAAGUAAGGUUUAAUUUAACAUAUUUGGAACUCUUUCUUUCAAGAACUUAACUAUUAUAUUUAUUAUGUUCAGCUCUUGGACAGGCAUAUAGCUCACAUGUGGUAAACCUUCAUAUCCUGAGACAACUUAGUGUCACACAGCUAUUAAGGGUUAGUUCAGCUUAAACAAAGUUUUCUGUUUAAUUCUUUCUUCUCUAAACACUUUUGAAUAUUCUUGUUCUUUAAAAGAAUUUAAAUUUACACUGAUAUUUUAACUAUGUCAUAAAUUGCUAUAAUGUAUUACUGUACUAUAUGGCAUUAUUGUGGAAAAGAAGUUUUAGUUAUUCAUGGUACCAUAUUGCUUAAUUAUUUGUUUGUUUCCUUUUAGUAAUAAUUCAUGAAUAUAUAUUUUAAAUUACUUACAAAGAACUGUACUGGAUACAGUCUGUCAAACACUUAGGGUAUUUCCCCUCCAAGAAAUGAUUAGCAUAUGAUAUGGUACUGUAUAAAUAUAAUUAUGUCAGGGAUCAGAAUCCCAUGGGUAAUUUUUCCCUAUAGUCAAGCAUGAGGCUGUGUUCAUGUGCUCACCCAUCCAGUUACUGGCCAAACCCAGUCAUCUUUAGACUGACUGAAUGGCAUGCACGUCUCACACUGAAAUUCAUAUUCAAACUAGGUAAAAAAGUAUUUUUUUAAUAUGCAGUAUACAUUAUAUUGUCCUUAAUUUAAUUGAAAAUAUGCUUUAGAUCUUAUCCUGAAUUUUUUUAAAUAUUUUAAUCAAUUUAAAAGCAAAUUAAAAUCCAUUGGAGAUAUUAGAUUUUUCCAUUUCUUAUAGAAACCAUUUUAAAGACCCCGCUAUUGGGUGCUACAAAUACUGUAUUAGUGUGUAUACUUUGAGUAACAAAUGUGCAAAUCUUCACUACUUUAAAAUAUGAAAAAAAUUCUUAACAUGCCAGGAUAAGUUUUGGCAUUUGCCACUAAGCUUGAGUCAAAGACCAGCACUAUAACCCACCAAGGCAGGGGGGGCCCCCCAAAAAAAAAAUUAUCAUCAUUCACUUCAUCACUGUCUUGCCAGAGGUGCGCCCACAUUACAAUUAUAAUCAUUUAACAUCAUCAUCACUAAAUUAAUGCUUAUUGGUCUCUUUUUAAUUCUCUUUGUAAUACUCUCUUUCAAUUUGCCAGUGACCACAAUUUUUUUAAAUUAUACAUAUGAUCAUUACAUCUUUGGUAGGAUGGAUAGAGACACAAAGGCAUUAUAAUGUGAUCCUCACAGUGAAGAUCAUUGAAGGCUCACAUUAUACUGCCUUUGUAUCUUUAUCUAUUGUGUCAGUAUUUAUAUCAUUUCUCUCCAUGUUUGGUAGGAACUGGGUCUUCAGUCUAUAACAGUCAGCAUUGUAUUCAACACUAUUUAGCAUGGUGUAAUAUCCUAGAAUCUUUAAUUAAGCUUAUCAAAUGGGUAACCUGUGAGUCUGUUGUAAUAAUAUUAAUGAACAUGGUAUGUUCCAACUCUCGCUAAGAUUACAUUAUAUUAUUGGCCUGGUGCAAAACAACAAGUUUAUAGAUGCUGACUAAGAUUUAACCAAUUUUUUGGCAAGUAAUAUUUAAAAUGUCCUUAAAAUAUUGGCAAUUAAAAUAUGAUCAUUGAGUAGCCACUCAUACUGAAGGUAUCAGUUUGUUUAAAUAGUGAGAAAUAAUAAAUGUACCGUGUUAAUAUUACUUAAUUUUCAUAAUUGUAUGAACAGGUUAUGGCAACAUAAGGAUAUGAAAGUUGGCUAAAAUGAGAUACCACUAUAAUGCCACAUAUAUUUGCUAUGCUACUCUUAAAAACCCAAGCUGAAAGAAUGCUUAUCAAGAUAAAAAUCUCCAUCUUCACUCAUGUUUUUCUUCAAGUGACAUUUUUUAGAAAGAAAAAAAAAAGAUUCAAAUACUAUCUACUGAGUAUCAUUUCACUUCAAUUAUCAUUUUUAGUUUGUCUGAACUACAGGUUUGGAGUCUAAAUGUCUUUGAAGCAUUUGAAAUUUUGAAAUACAGCAACAUGCCUUGCACAAUAUUGUUGGUGCAGCUUGUUUUCAAAUUAUUGUAUCCUACUUGUGUUUAACAAUGCUUACUAAUUCCUAUUACAUAUUGAUCAUACAGCAUUGUUAUCAGUAAUAAUCUAGAAAUAUUUUUUGUUUGCUAUGGCAUAUUUAUGGAUUUAAGUAUUUUAUGAUAAACCAAAAAAUUAAGACCCUUACCCUCCUUGAAUACUGAGGGGUGUGCUUGCCUGCUGACAGUGUAACUGACAUGUUUCUGAACAAGGCAUUUAAGUAGCAGAUGUAGAUUGCUAGACAUUAAAUCUAGUCAGUAAUAAAGGUAAACAGUUUGACCAAAAAAAUGAGCGAUAAAAAUUUUUGCAUUUAAAAUAGCAGCAAAAUUGCUUUGCAUGGAGAACACUACUUUUCAGUCAUAAGAAUUUUUUUGUUGAUAGUCAUUUCAAAUUGUGCUCAUAUUUGUAUUCAAAGGUUUCUGAGGAAACCACAGUAAGGGUGGAAAUAUUUGUACUUUUUAAAUUUUUAGUGGCAUAAGGGCUAGUACAACAAACUUUAAAUUUUUUAAUGCAUAUAGAUUAUUUGUACCUUAAGAAUUAAAAUUCUUAAAAAUGCUCAAGAAACUUAAUAUUAUUACUAUCUAGUUCAUUAAUAUAUUUGGCAAGAUUCUUUUUUUUUUUUUUUUUGGUACAAUAGUAAAUAGCAUUUAAAUUAUGAUAGUAUUUAUUUUUUGAAGAAGCAUGUUUUAGCCCCUGAAAUGUAAAUGAUGCUACAGCUUACUAAUGACUUGUAAGAUAUGCUUGAUAUUGGUGGUCCCAAGUUUAUUUGCUGAUGCAGUAAUGUAUAGCUUUAUGACAACCAAAGUAUUUGGAAUAUAUAACUGGAAUUAGGUUCCACUUUCUGGCUAUGUAAUUUUCUUUUUGAAGAAGUGCCUAUUGCUUAGCUGAAUGUACCAAUUACACAAUCUGAAACAUUACAUAAUCGGAAAUUGUGAUGAAAUACUAUGGGUGCAAAGUCUUAUCAGAAUUAAGAUAGUAUUGCAUAUAAUGGAAAGUGUAAUUAAAUUUUAAUAAAAUGGUAAAUCACAUUUAAAUUAACCCUCAAACUGAGCACAAAGUAUAUGUAUACUGUGCCCUGGGAAACUGGCUACAAUGUAUAUAUACUGCAGGCUGGGGAACCGAACACAUACAUGCUAAUAAUUUCUAGCAUAUUCAAAUUGAAUACACCGUGCUAGAACAGAUCGAGUCUUAUGCAUUAAAUUUAUCACUAGUAAAAAAUCUACAUGUGCUCUGUGUCCCAUUAGGAAAAACUGUUAGAAACAAAGCAGGCAUAAUGUCAAAAGGUUACUUUAUGUGCAAAGAAUACUAAUGUGUAUUAUAUAUUAAUAUAAGAACAUAAGAAUGGAGGAGCACUGCAGAAGGCCUACUGGCCCAUACAAGGCAGGUCCUUAUCAAAACCACCCCUACCCUAAACAUAUUGUAGUGGUAUUCAAGACAGCAGUGACAAUAAUGCCAAUAGUGAUAUUUACAAAAUAUAGUUGCACCAAGGAUAUGGGCAAACUGGUGUAUAAUGCGCAGAAAUAUCCUGGGUCCCUCCCAUAUCACACAAGUGGCCACAAUAUCACAUUUCAAUACAAAAAAUUCUUAAAUAAAUGAUAAAAUAUAUCUCUUAACUGCUCAAUUUUUUUUUUUUUUUUUUGAGAGUCAUGUUGAUUACAUGGCAUAUAUGUACACAUAACAAGCAUGCCAUUCCACAAUUAUGCAUAUGAUAAGAAUACUGAUGUGUUAUAUCACUUUAUAAACAUUUUAAUUUUUAUAUUUCCUUCAGAGAGGAAUAUACACUGAAAGAGACAGAUUGUUACUUAGCCUAAGCACAUAGUGUGAGUACUUCAAUAUAGGUUAACCAUCACUAAUCUGGCAUCAUCAGAAUCUGUAGGGUGCCGGAUUAGUGAUUUUGCCGAUUUACAAAGUAGUUAGGGUAGAAUAUACUUAACCCAAUGGCAAUAUUUACACAGCGAUUUCGCCCACUUUGCGCCCUAUUUUUGGCCCAUUCCAUUGUUCAAGUCGACCAAACUCAUAGCUAUUUUGCUAGUAUUCCUUCUAUAAUGUCGAUGGAGUACAAGAAAUCGCCCAUUUACCUAUUUCAGCUACCCAAUAAAGUGAUCAGAAAUCGGUAAUUUGUUCAAUUUCACACAAAUUUCAAGAGGUGCCAGUUGCAAAAUAGGGUCUGGAAUAAAGAAUGCAGACAUUCCUAGCACUAAAAUUACACUGUCUCUGUUCAUUAGUCAUGUUUCCAGGUCCCUCUUAUCUUACACUUGCUUUCCAUUUUGAAUUUUUAUUCACAUAAAAAACAGAAGAUUUACUGUUAUGCAAACUACUGCAUUAUUGUAAUAAUUGUAUAAAUAAUGUUAACCCAUUUGUGACCACAUAUUACACCGGCCAGUUAGACACGUAUUGGACACGUGAUGUGAUUUGUUUACUCUUGAACAUCGGCAAAAAUUGAACAUUUCCGCAACUUUGAGCUCAGUUUCAAGGUACUUUCUUUCCUGAAACUAAUCAAAAUCAUCUCUGUUUCACUAAUAUCUCUUCCAUUCUAUCAAAUGAGACCAAAAAAACGACAAUACAACCAUAAAAACCAUAUGAAAAUACACUGCAAAUUCGCUGUUUUACACCAAAAACAUGGUCACGGUUUUAUUCUCAUGCACUUCAUGCUGCAGGAUUUUUUUUUAUAUAGCACACACUUACAACACAGACCUAUUCUCUCAUAUAUAGACCCAGAUUUACUGUUCACAGCUUAUCUGAGUGAACUGAGCUCAUGGCAUCAUACUAAAGGACUGACAGUGGCUUCAAGGCCACCUUAUCUUUUAUGGACAAUGUGCAGUGUUUGUUCUUUACACAAUGAGAAGCAUUUCCUUUAUUUGUUGGAACCAUGGCUAGGGCUUAAAGUGAGCAGUUUAUAACAAUAAAUGAAGAAAAACAAAUUGGAAUGACGUAUACAGCAAGUAGCACCACUAUAUGAGGCAGGUUGGUGCAGUGACCUUGGAAAUUUGAAAUUACACUAGCCAAAAUUAGUGCUGGAUUACUGAUGGAACUGGAUUAGUAAUGGCUGACCUGUACUAAGGAAAAAUUAAAUAAAUAUUUUAUAAGGAUACUAUUAAAAAUUAUUAAGGUGCUAUACAAAAUUUUGCUUACUUAUCACUAGGCUUCAGAACUAUCUGCUCUUUACUAUAUGGAAUGCCAAUACAGUAUAUAUAAUAAGUAUAUUGUUUUAGGGAUAUAUUAUACUUAAUAUUUUCUAUCAUACAAAUAUAACUUUUUGAAAAAAAAAAAAAAAAUCUUUCCAUCACAGAGGUAGUUAAGGUUCCCUACAUGCACAGUUUAAGGAUUAAUUAUUACAUAUUUUGCAUCACAAAAAUAACUAAACUGUUUAUUGUUAUAAUAAUUGUAAAUGUUAUUUCAAAUCUAACUGGUUUAAAACAAUGGAGACUGAUAUUAUACCUCACUCCAUAUAUUUAUAUAAAAUAUUCACCAUAACUUGGAAUGUUAAAAUAAACACAGAGAUGCAGAGUGAAAUUGUAUUACAGUAUUUUUUCUGUAUAGGAAUUUAUAUAAAAAAUUAAUUAUAUUUAUAAAUUAAAAAAAAUAUCCAAAGCUAAGCCUGUAUAAUUUUAAAAGGAAAGAUUUAAAGUAUGUAAUUUAAAAAUGGAAACAUUAAAAAAUGAAGAAUAAUGUUCAUUCUUGAAAUAAACUUGAAAAAAAUUGUUACUGUUGAACCUGGCAACAGUUACUAGUAGAUUCCUUAAAUUGACACAUUACAUUAUAGUAGUACUGAAAUACAGUCAUAGUACAAAAUUUUAAAUGCACAUAACAGCCUUACCCCAGGUUAUUUACUAUCACUGUAUUUGCCUCUGACAAAAUUCUAAAACAUUACGAUAUACAGUAUUUUAAUUGCAGAACACUUUCCUCUGAGCAGUACUUAUGUUAGUAAAUAUAAUAACUUUGCAAUGUAUAAGCUUUCAAUUCAUGUUUUAGAAUUUUGUUCCUAUUAACACGUAAGAACUUCUUAAAAUAACUAUGCCUCAUUAUAACUCCGAGUCCAUGGGCAAUAUUUUAAAGAUGUGCUUAAGGUGAAUUUUCUUAUUCCCUGUUUAUUUUAAAAUUGAUUAUUAAGGUUGUCAUUUUAGAUUGAAGUAAAUAUAUUUCAUAUUUUGUACACCUCCAGUACAUCUUCAGAAUUUUGCUAAAAAAUGCUGUGAUUUGCGAUUUUUCCAUUAAAGGUGGUGAAUUUGUUUUCCUGAAAGUAUUUUCAGAGUUUAUGUCACUAUCUAGUUAUUUUCUUGUCACCAACAUCAAGCUCAUGUACAAACCUGAGAGUUUCUACCCAGUCCCAUAAGUAAAUAUACACCUUACCAUUAUCACAAUCAACUUUCUAACAAACCUCAGAUGUGUUAUUGACAACCUGACGGGUAAACCUGGUUUGUUAAAGAGGACAUUAAAUCUAUAAGUAGCAUGAAAAGCAAAUACUGUAUAUAUAUAUACUGAGUGAAUACUUUAAUGUUAGUAUUAGAGGUUUGACUACAAAAGUUGUAAAUGGGGGAUGCAAUAGAAUUUGGCUGCUUUCAUCUCUGGUGCAAUGUUCUGUUAUCAGCUUUUCUCAUACAAUACUUAUUAUAGUUUUCUUCAUUUUAUAUUUCACAUCCUAUAAAAUCACUUAUGAGUCCUAAUCACUUUCAUUGAUAACAUCCCACAGUUGCUUUCAUAUACAGUUUGUAUCAUUAAAAGAUGAUACCACAUGUACCAGUAACACAUGUUUAUGUGUGUGUAAUUUUCGAGUCUCAAAUGUCAUAUGUAAUAACAGAAAUAAAUAAAAUAAACAUUAUGGCUGAAAAUUAGCAACCACAUUUUACAUAAGAAUAACCUUGUUUACAUAGCAUUAUGAAAUCACCUCCAUCUUACUGUCCUUGGUGAUUUGUAUCUUCAAAAUAAAUAAAAAAAAUCUGCAUCAAAAGUUUUGCUCAUAAGUUUAUGUUGCCACUGUGCAUGUGCCUCAUCCUUAAUAACCAAUUAAAAAAAUAUAUCUUUCACUAUUAUUUAGAUUGUUUAGAAAAUUCCUUUAAUUUACUCAAGUCAUGUUUUUAUCAUAUUUUUUUAAAUAAUUGUUUGAGGGUUUUUUCCACUUCUAUUUGUGAAAAAUUUAAAAAGUUAGCAUGGUGUAAAGGUAUUUUGUAAAACAUUUCCCAGUUAUUUACAAUAUGCAUUCUCUUCACCUUGAUCCAUUUGACAUCCCAUUCUCAUUAUAUUACAGUAACCUCUAGUUAAUAUGAUUGCUUUCGGUUAAUUUGUAGUUUCCAUUUUGAUAAUAAGUGGCUGUAAUAAAUAUCGGGUAUAUGCAUGGAUGAUAAAUGUAUGACUCCAGAAUUUAAUAAUAGUAAGCAUAUUAUCAUGUAAACCAGCAAUGAUAUUAACUGGUGCUACUGUGUGGAAUGCCCAGUGUACCUCCCUCUUUUUACCUCCACACUUUUCAUUCCUUAUGUGCUCCUCCUCCUGAGUAUUUGCCCUAUCUUCCACAUACAUAUUCCAAUUUCUACCCUCCUCAGGAUAGUCCUGUUACCCCUAAUGCAUGUAAAACUCACAGACUACAUUUUGUUGCAACAAUUUGUAAAUAAACAUUUUUAUCAUGAUAA